GCGGGGAGCAGCCGCGGGGCCAGCGCGCGGGAGCAGGGAGGCGGGGCGGGGGCGCGCGCGCCCCGGCACUCACCGUUGAGGCGGGGUGGGGCGGCGCGUGCCAGGGCGGUAACCCUCGCGCGGGAGGAAGGCGGCGAUGAGGCGCGGUGGGGGCAGGGGUCUGUUGGCCGCUGCCGCCUCCGCCCGUGUGGCCCCAGCAGCCUCCAGCCACCCGCCGGCCCGCCCGGACGCAGGGGGUGGCCCUGCCCGGGGACGGUGGCUCCUUCGCUUCCUGCCCUCAGCUGGUGUUCGGCUUGCAGGUGACGGGUGCUGAAACGGCCCCUGUAAACAUAUCUCCCUGCCGCCAGUUUGGCUUUCCCCCGCGGCCGCUUAAUGAGUUUUUUUUUAAGGUGGCUUCUCAAGGUUGUAUUGUUGGAGGGGGGAUUUUUUUACCCGGUUAAACCACUGCUGAGGUGACACACCAUGCAACUGUUGUUGGCUUUAUUCCCUAAUUUUAAAGGUUCUUCGUUUGAUAAUGCUCUGUCUACAUCACUCACUUCUUAGACUCGGGGCGGACGAGCUUUAGUUUGGAGGCUGGAUAGAAGGUGAGGGACAGUAUCUUAGUUAAUAAGAUCUCCUAAGGAUAACAUUCACUAAUCUCCAAAAAUGGCAGCUGUUGCAGUGCUAGAGGAGGUACUGGUUUCCAUUGAAAAUGAGCUGCAAGCAGUGGAGAUGCAGAUUCAGGAGCUUGUGGAUAAACAGCAGGAGCUCCUUGAAAAGAAGAUGAGGGUGAAGAACCUGAUAAAGCAGUCCUCAGGAGACUUGGAGGCAGGUGGAAGUAAAGACACCGAAACCUCAGCUGAGGCAUGGAACAAAAAAGAUUUUCCAUGGUACGAGAAGAUAAAAACUGCACUGCAGAGCAAGUUUAAACUCCAGAAGUUUAGGUCCUUGCAACUUGAAACAGUAAAUGCUGCAAUGGCAGGAAAGGACAUAUUUCUUGUCAUGCCUACAGGUGGUGGAAAGAGCCUUUGCUAUCAGCUACCAGCUGUCUGUUCUGAUGGUUUCACACUUGUGAUAUGUCCUUUGAUAUCGCUUAUGGAAGAUCAGCUCAUGGUUUUGGAACAGCUUGGUAUUUCUGCAACUUUAUUAAAUGCCUCAAGCAGUAAGGAACAUGUGAAGUGGGUUCAUACUGAAAUGCUAAACAGAAAUUCGCAACUGAAGCUCAUUUAUGUGACCCCGGAGAAGAUUGCAAAAAGCAAAAUGUUCAUGUCAAAGCUAGAGAAAGCUUAUCAAGCAGGGUGUCUUGCUCGCAUUGCUGUAGAUGAAGUCCAUUGCUGUAGUCAAUGGGGCCAUGACUUCAGGCCUGACUACAAGUCUCUUGGUAUCUUGAAAAGGCAGUUUCCCAAUGUUCCCUUGAUUGGAUUGACAGCAACUGCUACAAAUCAUGUUUUAAAGGAUGCUCAGAAAAUUUUGCAUGUUCAGAAGUGCAUUACCUUUACUGCAUCUUUUAACCGGCCCAAUCUUUACUAUGAGGUUCGACAUAAGCCUUCAAAUAAUGAAGAUUUCAUUGAGGACAUAGUUAAGAUCAUUAAUGGAAGAUACAAAGGACUUUCAGGAAUCGUUUACUGUUUUUCUCAGAAGGAUUCUGAACAAGUUACUGUGAGUUUGCAGAAACUAGGAAUUAAGGCAGGGACUUACCAUGCAAACAUGGAUGCUAAAUAUAAGACAAAAGUUCACAAAGGGUGGGCAGCAAAUCAAAUCCAGGUUGUAGUGGCGACUGUUGCUUUUGGCAUGGGAAUUGAUAAACCUGAUGUGAGGUUUGUAAUUCAUCAUUCUAUGAGCAAAUCCAUGGAGAACUACUACCAAGAGAGUGGACGCGCAGGUAGAGAUGACCAAAAAGCUGACUGCGUUUUGUAUUAUGGCUUUGGAGACAUAUUCAGAAUCAGCUCAAUGGUAGUGAUGGAAAAUGUAGGGCAAGAGAAACUGUAUGAUAUGGUGUCUUACUGCCAGAAUAUGAACAAAUGUCGCCGGGUUCUCAUAGCCCGUCAUUUUGAUGAAGUAUGGGAUUCUGCAAACUGCAACGGAAUGUGUGAUAACUGCUGUAGAGAGAACUCAUGUGAGAAAAUGGAUAUAACAGGAUACUGCAGGGAUCUAAUCAAGAUACUUGAGCAAGCUGAAAACAUGAGUGAGAAACUCACCCCACUGAAAUUAAUCGAUGCGUGGUCUGGGAAAGGUGUAUCAAAAUUCAGGGUGGCUGAAGUUACUCCACCAAAGCACCCUCGAGAGGAACUGGAGAGAAUUAUUGCCCAUUUACUACUGCAGCAAUAUCUAAAGGAAGACUUCAGCUUCACGGCAUUUGCUACGAUAUCCUACCUGAAGAUAGGACCAAAAGCAAGUUUGCUGAAAAACGAGGCACAUGUCAUCACUAUACAAGGACUAACAAACAAGAAAAAUGUUUACAAGGACAAACCAUCUCAGUCUUCGAAUUCGAAAGGAAGCAGAGAAGAUGCUCAGAUUAUUUCAAAGACUGCCCAAGAUUCAGCAGUGAAGAAGUCACGGGAACAUAAACGGCCUAGUUCAGUCAGUGGUUCUAACUUAAAAGCAAAGAAGAUUAAGCUUCAGGCAGGUGGAGAUGACCAGCCAGUAGUUCUUGACUGAGUUUCACAGACUACAUGUAGGAUCCAAUCAUGUUUGCUUCUCCAUGGACAAUGCAGUGUGUAAGUUCAGUUUGUGGUUUAGUAAUGUUUUUUUUAAUUCAAAGCAAAAAAAAAAAACCACCAUCAGGGAAACAAGUAUCGUUAAAACCCUCAAAUCUAGAAAAAGUCUAUUAGUCAAGGGAAAAGUGCUUCGUAUCAAAAUAACUGGUGCAUAUCUUACAAUGCAGCAAUGACUACAAAAUGUAAAUAAUUACUGUGUUGCCUUUUUAACUCUUUUGGGAGAGUAGUGUGCGGUAACACUAUUGCAGAGUCAUGCAGGCUGGAAGGGGCUUGCAGAGAUCUAGUCCAAUCUCUUGCUCAAAGCAGGUCCAGUUGGAACAGGGUGCUCAGGGCUGCGUCCAGUUAAGUUUUGACUGUCCCCAAGGAUGGAGAUUCCACAACCCCUCUCAACACCUGUUCCAGUGUUUGACCACCUUCAUGACCAAAAAAAGAAAAAAGGAUAUUUCUUAGAGCUAACUGUUAUCUCCUGUGUUACAACUUCUCUGUUGCCUCUUGUCCUACCACUGUGCUCUUCUGAGAAGAGUCUGGCCCCAUCGCUGCUAUGCUUUUCCAUUAGGUAGUUAAAGUCAACAGCAAGAUCACGACAAUUUCUCCGCCUCUCCCCUGGCUUUCUUCUUUUUUAAUCUGUAAGAAAUCCAGUUCCCUGCUUCUCCUUUCUAAGCAUCUAGGCAGCUUGGUAGCCCCCUGCUAGACUCAAUCCAGUGUAUCGGUGUGUUUUUCUUAUUGGGAAGUGCAAAACUUAACCCAGCACCCUAGCUGUAAUCUCAUGAGUGCUGAAUACACAGAAACAGUCAUUUCCCCCAAACUGCUGGUUACAUUCUGGUUAAUACAGUCUACUAUGCAGUUGUCGUCUUUGCUGCAGAGGCACACUGCCAGUUCACGUUCAGCUUGUUAUCUACUGGGAACCUGGGUCCUUUUUGGCAAAGCUGCUUUCUAACCAGCCCCGCUACAGCCUGUGCUCUUGCAUGGUGUUACUCCCUCCCAGGUUCAGGACUUUGCUUUUGCCUUUAACUAAGAGGUCCCGGUCAGCCCUGUCUAGGUCCCUCUGAACAGCAGCCCUGCUCUCUGGUGUAUCAACAUCUCUCCCAACCUUGGUGUUGUCUGCAGACUGGGUGGAGCACAUUCCGUCCCUGUAUCCAGAUUGUUAUCGAAGAUCCCAAAUUGUAUUGGCCCCAGUAUCGAUCUGUGAGCGUUGCCACUAGUAAUUGGCCACUAGUUGGCUUUCAUACCAUAGAUUCCAAUGCUUUGAACCAGGUGGUCCAAACAACUUUUUACCUACCUUGUUGUACAUUUAUCCAGUCUAUAUCUCACUGAUAUUUUUAGCUGUAAGGAAAUUAUAGGAGAUCAUGUCAAAAGCCUUGCUAAAGUCAAGGUACACAACAUCCAUUGCUACCCCCUUAUUCACGAAGGCAGUUAUCUAUCUAUCUCAGUCAGUCUGGUUGAUCAGGUAUGCUUUUGCUUCUGGGAGAUCUAGCUGGCUGUUCCCAGUCACCUUCAUGUGUCUGAAAAUAUCUUCUGGGAGUAUUUGCUCCGUAAGUUUUCUGGGGGCUGGGGUGAAGCUGACUGGCAUGUAACUCCUCAGACCCUCCUUUUUGCCUUUUCCCAGUCAUCAGGAACCUCCCCCACUCUUCAGGUCCUUUCAGAAGUGACAGUCUUGCACUGACCUCAGCUAGCUCCAUCAGUGCUCCUCGGUGCGGCCCAUCCAAGUCCAGUGGAUUUGCGUCUUACGUGAUCUGUAACUCCACCUUCCCCUACUGCUUUACUCCCACAGACUGUUAGUGGGCGUGGGGACCUGCGAGGUCUGAGAGCAAACCUUACCAGUGAAAAUGAUGCAAAAAGUACAGGUACCUCAAUCUUUCCUACGUCCUGUGUCACUAGCUCCUCCUCUACCCCUCUGAGCAGCGGGACCAUGCUUUCCUUUACCCUUCCUUUUGCUGCUAAGGUACUUACGGAAGCUCUUCUUACUGCCUUUCACAUCCUUUGCUAGUUCCACCUCCAGCUGAGCACUGACUUUUCUAACUCCCUCCUGGUGUGCUCAGGCAAUGUCUCUAUUUAUUCUGGAUAUCUUGUACCUUCUGCCUCCUUUUUGUGUUUGAACUAGCUGAGGAGUUCUCUGUUCACCUGGGCUGGCCUUCUGCACAUAGGAGUAGAGUAUUUAUGUUUGGAGGUGGUUGUGUUUUGGAAAUCAAGCAGCAUUCCUGAGCCCCUUUACCUUGUGGGGCAGUCUCCCUGGGAUCUUGACAAGCAGAUCCCUGAAUGCAAUGGCAGAGCUGCAGGUGGAAAAGGAGCCCUUUUGUGUGGCUGGAAGCAAGAGGUUUCCAGCCUUGCCUCCUGCAGGAGUCUGCAUCCACUGCUCCUGUGAGGGUAGUCUCAAGGUUUUCCCUCCUUUGCAGCACAGGGCUUGGGUGGUCCUUAGCUCUGCAGAGUCUCUGUGAAGACCCUGCCAUGUCCUGUUCCUCCUCCUGGCUGCCACACAGGCUGCUCCCCUCCUCCUGCAGUUCCUUCGCCCGGCAACUCAGCACUGCAGCCAGAGCACAGCUCCCACCGGUGAAGCUGCUGUCACCAGCCCCAGGGAGAGACAUCAGCCACCUGGAGACCCGGGCUGCUGCAGCACCCUCUUCUGGAGCCAUCGCGGAUGAAAGCCUCUGCUGUGCCAGGGGCAGUUGUUCCAGCCCACGCGAGCAUCACCAUCACUGCGGUUUUGACCAGAGAUGGGGCCUGUUUCUGCAAUACUUACACCUACUACAGCACACUUGAGUAUGCUUCAGAGAAGAAUUUCAACAGGGCAUUGUGACAACAUUGCACUGCUGCUGACUUGUAGAGGUUUUUGUGAAAUACCGUAUGUAUUUAUCCCUUUAGAAUGUCUGUUGCUCUUAAAACUGGGUUUCUCUAGCUAGUUACUUGAACAGAAAAUUACCUCUUCUGUGCUUUUGAGAAGUACCUAAAUUUAUAUUUAAAAACAAGGCACCUUUUCUUGAUCUCAGCUGUUCCCUUUGUAAAAGUUAUACUUUAAAUGGGAAAUACAGAAAAAAUGCCACACAAGAAAUACUUUUCUCCUUUUUCCCCUCCUUCCCCUGUUGAAUUGGCUUAUAUUCUAACUACAAAUCUGUAUUCUAAGUAGAAGUGACUCUGGCUGUCCUAAGAAGUACUCUUCUGCUCUAUAAGCAGUAGAACAUGACUGUAUUGAAAGUUGCAAACUUUAAGCCCUAAAUGUGGGCUACAUUAAACUUAAUCUUUGGGAGAUUUCUGGUCUCUUAACUUUGCUACUCCACCUAUCUAUUUGCUAAGAGGGGAAAAAAAAAAAGAGAAAGCAACUGUAGGAGUAUCACCGCUUGCCUGUGGCUUAGAGUAGUGUGUCUCCACCAUUUUAAAGAGCAAGCUGUUUCUCUUGACUCACCUAUGAUUCCUUUGACAUAACGUCUUGGUUCUGUCAAGGUAAGAGAGUGCCAGCACUUACUGCUGCAAAUGUUCUUGUGUUACCUCAUCCCACAAAGCUGAGUGGCUGAUGGCAAUUAAACACCUCUCUGGGUGAACACUGAGUGCGUUUCUCCAUAAUACACAGGUUCAAUGCAAGUUUAGUCAAGAAGAUGACAAAAACCACUCAGGAUUACAAAAUAAGAGUAGAACAGAAGACAGAAGUUGUUUUUAAGAUGUUUCACAAGUAGUGGCAAUUUGAUUACUCAAAUUAUGGUCAAAGUUUGAGUUUUGGAACUACUUUUUUGCCUUUUUACUUUUUUUUUUUUUUUUUUUUACUAGAAGAGCAUCAAUGUUUUUAGUUGCUCAGUCCUACCCUCUGCAGAGAGCAACGAACCGCAUGCCACAAAGUCUCUUUCUUUCCACGCCUAACCCAACCUGUCAUGUAGGACACCACAUCCUGCUGGCCGAACUGCGGCCAUUCUACACGAAGGGUCACAAUCUCUUUCCUCAUGUGCUCUAAGGACUGAAGAGAAUCUUCAGCUAUGGAAUUCUUCCGCCUCCCAUUUCAGCAGGGAGAAUAUUUAACUGAAAGUAAGGUAGAAAUAUAUACCCGUUGACUUCCUUUGAUCAGUAUUUCCAGGACCAAGUAACUCUGCUGCUAGACUGGUAAAGAGCCAGCAGCUACUGCAGACUUCAAGCAUUGCUGAGGUACACAUGAGGCUGAAUAGUAGAUUAGAUUAUUUUUAUUUUUUUUA